CAAUAAGGACGAUGUCUGUUUUCCACAAAAUCAAACUAAGACCAGAGGUUGAAGAAUAUCUGCAGGCCGUAUUUAAAAACGAUGAGCUCAUCUCUAGUGUGGGUCCCCUGGAAGUUGAGAGGAAAUAUGAGCGUCUGUUAAAUAAUUUGUCUCACCCACCAGCUUUCACAACUGUUCGAGUGAACACUCACUUGGCAUCUGUGGAACACAUAAGAAGCCUACUCUCUGAAGAGAUCAGCAAGCAAUAUAAAGGUUUCAGUGUUCCUCUUCUUCAGCAUCCAAAACUUCCUGACAUUUUACUUAUUCCUAUUAUUGGACCCAGAAAGGAUCUGCAAGAAUUGACAAACCAGGUAAUUGUUGGUUCCCAGUGUGGGAAUGCAGUGCUUCGAGGAGCGCAUGUGUAUGCCCCUGGAAUUAUAUCCACGUCAAAGUUGAUGAAAGCUGGUGAUGUGGUUUCUGUAUACUCUGAUAUUGAAGGGAAAUGUAAAAGAGGAGCCAAAGAAUUUCUGGGGACCAAAGUUUUCCUUGGAAAUGGGAUUUCUGAAGUGGGACGCAAUGACAUUUUUAAUUCUAAUGGCCCAUUGAAAGGAUUGGGAAUAAAAAUGAUAGAGCCAAUCUACCUUAGUCCUUCAUUUGAUAAUGUGCUAUCCAGCUACAUAUUUUUGCAGAAUUUGCCCUCUUCAGUUGUGAGCUAUGUUUUAAAUCCUCAGCCAGGCGAGAAAAUUUUGGAUAUGUGUGCAGCUCCUGGGGGGAAAACAACCCAUCUUGCAACACUAAUGCAUGAUGAGGGGGAAGUAAUUGCCAUAGACAAGAUAGCAGAUAAAGUCAAGAAGAUUAGUCAAAAUGCUGCAUUGCUGAAGCUGAAUUGUAUUAAAACAUUUUGUUAUGAUAGUACUAAGACACUUGCUACUGGCCAGACAGAAUGUGAGAAAGGCGGGCCUCCAUUUUUACAAGAGACAUUUGAUCGAAUACUUCUUGAUGCUCCCUGUAGUGGGAUGGGGCAGAGGCCAAAUAUGGCUUAUUCCUGGUCUUUAAAGGAAGUGACUUCUUAUCAGCCCUUGCAGCGGAAGCUCCUCAGAGUGGCAGUACAGCUUCUGAAACCAGGGGGGAUCCUGAUAUACAGUACUUGCACAAUUACACUUUCAGAAAAUGAGGAGCAAGUUGCUUGGGUGCUGCAGAAUUUCCCAUGUCUUCAGCUUCAAUCACAGGAGCCCCAUGUUGGAGGAGAAGGCAUGAUGGGAGCUGGGUUGUCACCUGAGCAGUUGAAACAGCUGCAGAGGUUUGAUCCAUCUGAUGCAAUCCUGCAGGGAAUGGAUUUUAAUUCAUUGCAAGGUUUCAAAUAUGAAGAUAUGAUCAAAUUGGCAAAUAAAGAUUGCAUAGGAUUUUUUAUUGCUAAAUUUAUAAAAGUGCAGUGAAAGCUUUACAGCUCAAUAUAAAAAUGCUCUCCUGUUAAUAAUGGGAGCUUUCUGAACUGCAUCUUGUACUGCUGCAAUGUUGCCAAGCCAACAGACUGACGACAUGGUUGCCAUAGCAGCAGUAAAAUCUGCCAGCUGUUUCCCCUGGGAGAGAUCCACAGGUUGGAGAAACAAGUCUGAGGAAAGGGGCAGUUUCAAUCUGGAAGUCUCUGCUUGGUUUUGUAUUAGCAGAAGGUCACUGAUUCUAGAAAAUGGGUCGUUUUGCUCUUUGUUAUGAUGAUUUAGUACCCAAACAUUUGCAAUCUUGUAUAGUAUGAAGUGGGCAUCUUUUCAAAGAGUAUUAUAUAUUGUACAAACUCAGUAAUGAAAAUAUUCUACCAUAUUCUGUGAAGUCAGCUCUGCUAAAUUCUCAAAUCAGUGCUUUUAAUAGGAAAUUUUAUAUUAUUAAAGAUAGCGAUGCGGAGUGUUA